AUGUCCACCACCUCGUCCCCGCCCCCGUCCCCCCACCGCCACGUCCACCACCUGCACCGCUCCCACUCGCCCAUCCCCCACAUCGCCACCAUCCUCCCCACCCACCACCACACCUCCAUGUACGCACCCGGCACGCGCGCCGCGGACAUCUCCCGCCUGCUCGACCCGGCCUACGCCAGUGGCUCCUCCUCCUCGAGCGCGUCCACCGCGAGCCCGACCCGCCACAAGCACACCCAGACGCGUGCCUACGUCGACCGCCACGGCGACCUUCACGACCCGGACUACCGCGACUUCCCCGUCCUCCCGACCACCUCCCGCACGGCCUCGGGCUCGCGCCGCCGGCGCACAAGCCAUGGCGCGCGCUCCCGCAGCACCAGCCGCCACGCCGACCGCCAGUACUCGACCGCGUACUCCAUCGCGCGCCCGGAGUGGGAGCGUGACUGGCCCACCGAGGCAGGUGAGGAUGACGACGAGGACGUGUUCGACGACGACACCGAGUCCCAAUCACACUACUCUCCGUUCGCGUCGCACGCCGCCACGCGCCGCAGCUCGACCGUUCACUCGACGCCUGCCUACCGGCCGUACGUGCCCGUGCCGUACACGGACUACACCAGUGACCCACAGCCGUUCUCAUCGUCGCCAGUAGACUCGCUUGACGACCACUCCCCGAGUAUGUUGCAGGAGUCGCCAUUGCACGACACGCCGUUCCUCGGGGACUACCUGGAGGGCGAGUCAGAGGAGAGGCGUAAGAAGAAGUCGCGCAGGAGCAGUGGUAGCAGUGCCAUUCUGGGGAGGAAGAGCUCGAAGAAAACUGGCUCUCAGGCGAAGGAGGUUUCCGUAGACGGUGGCUCUGAGAAGAGCGACAGUGAGCAUGCUGCUCAGCAGUUUUCGGUCGAUGGCGAGCGCGCCGACGAAGUGCCGUCUUGUUCUGACGCGCUCCGUCAACAAUGGGCGCGGCUUGCGCUCCGCGUGAAGUUCAGCGUCUUCCGCGCGCGCCGCCGUCUCAGGUCUCGCAGCAACGCGCAAUCUGACACAUCACGAUUCCCAACAUAG